CUCCCAGCGUGCCUGGCGCCUGCCGGGAUAUUGACCUGCUCGCGGGGGCUGCCGCCGUGUUGCCGCCAGCCAGGCCGCGAAGGAAGACGUAAGGGCCGCGGCCUGAGCGCCGAUCCCGCAGCCUGAGGGAAGAUGAGUUCGGCCAGGGAGACGCAGCCCCGCCACGGCAUGAAGCGAGCGGCCUCCCCCGAUCAGGGAUCGAGCAGCUGGGAGGCAGUAGACUUAGGUAAUGAAGAAAGAAAGCAAAAGUUCUUGAGGCUUAUGGGAGCAGGAAAGAAAGAACACACUGGCCGCCUUGUUAUCGGAGACCACAGAUCAACUUCUCAUUUCAGAACAGGGGAAGAAGACAAGAAAAUGAAUGAAGACCUAGAGUCUCAGUUCCAGCAAAGCAUGGACAGCACUAUGUCUGGAAGAAAUCGACGACACUGUGGACUUGGUUUCAGUGAGCUGGAGGAGGCUGAAGGACAAGAUGAUGUGAACAGAUACUCUCCUGAACCUGAAAGUCCAGAGGACUCUGAAAGUGACUCUGAGUCGGAGCAAGAGGAAUCUGCAGAAGAACUGCAAUCUGCUGAAAAAGACAGUGAAGCUGAUGAUCCAGAAAGCAAGAAAGAUGUGAAAAGCAAUUAUAAAAUGAUGUUUGUUAAAUCCAGUGGCUCAUAACUUCGGGUCUAAUAAGUCUUUGUAUUUAAAGUACAGUAAGCCUUUUUGUUAGUGCAAAGUGGAGGACUGCUUACAGCACAGAUUUUUGUAUUAUGAUUUUUAAAAAGCCCUUUUAGAUGAAAGAAAAAAAUAGUGUUUGCUUUCAGAUGCCAUGGAUGACAUUUUUAUGGGCAUGAGUGUAAUUUUUUGGGGGGUAAAGUAUAAACAGAUGCAUUGGAUGAAAAUAAAUGUAAUUCCCAACCUCCUUUUACAAUAUUCUCUGAACCCACUCUCCUUCCAUUGUAGUUGUCAAACCUCUGACACUACUUUCUUUGAUUAGUGUCCUUUUGUCUUGGGUGUUUGUUUGAGAAAUAAGGUUUCAUUGGAGUUGCCUGUUGCUGUAUUAAUUAUGAUACAGUAGCAAUGAUGACAGUAUUCUGUGGUGUAAUACAGCUUCAACUAUUGGUUCUGUUUGGUAAUACCAGCAGUACAGUCUGACAUAAUUGCCAGAGAACAGGUUUAUUCAUUUAGGUCCUGAUUCUGUAAUGAGUUUCUGUGGCAGAGUUCUACUGCUGUCUGUAGCACUCCAUCAGUGUAGGGGGCUCCUACAUCAUACCAGGAUGCAGAAGAGGGCCUUUAGGGUACAUCUACACAGAGCUUGGAAAAAAACUUUUGGUGGCCAAGGUGAGCUGACUUGGGCUGGAGCCUAAGCACUGAUAGCCUGUGAGGGAGGAGGGUUUGACAGCUUGGGCUCCAGUCUGAGUGCACAUGUCUACACAGUGAUACCCUACAGCCUGAGCCCAGAUUAGCUGACUUGGGCCAGUCACGGCCAUGCCACGGGUUUUUCAUCCCUCUAUAGAUGUACUUUUAGUUACUUCUCUAGGCCUGUUUUUAACAGCUAUAGGACAAGAGGGAUACAUUCUGCAACUAGUUUGAUGUUCCUGGGUGUAGAUAUACCUUUUGAAAUGAAGGACGUUGAUCCUUAAACUGCUUGAGUUGCAGUGUGCAUGAGAGCUACGAAAAAGCAGCGUUGGGGGAGGGAGGUUGUUCUUGUAUUAACAUACUAGUUUUAAUAAUUUCUCUCUACAGAGGUGAGAUUUGCAGGAGAUAAAGAACCGAACCAGGAAAUGAGCUCGUGUGAAAGGAAAAGAUACUUUGCUAUGGAAAAUGACAGGUGCCUCAAUUUAGUUACUUUUUUUUUUUAAAGAGGGGGAUGCAGGCAAAGUUGUGGUAUGCAGUCCCCCCUGACUUGAGUGCCACCAAUCAAACUGAAGUGAAGAGAGUUAGUCACAAUUACGAGUGAAAGGCAUGCCACCUCUUACUUUCCUUGCACCAAAUCCUCUAGUCUGUGCAUAAAGAAAGAAACAGAAGUUCUAAGACAUAGUAAGGACUAAAGCCCAUAUCUUCUGCAAAUUUAUAUAUUUUUGGUGUACUAAAGAUCAAACUUCCAUAUUGUAUGCAUUUUCUCAGCUAUUGUAAUGGCAUCUGUUUGAAAAUUGAUCAGAAUUAAUCUGAGGAUCACAAAAGGAAUGCCACAUUGCACACAUUCUGAAUGCAUUUCUUUCUGGGAGAGCAGGACUUUGUCUGCACCCACGUCUGAAAGAAAAAGCUUACCCGAGGCUCUUGAUGAAACUUACAGAAAAAAGUGGUAUCUGGUAAAGCUAUGUUUCUAAUUUACUAUAAUCUGUUGCAGUGAUUAUUUCCAUACUGUUUGCUAAUUUGUAUGAGCUGAAAUAUGUACAGUGAUUGUAAGAUAAUUGAAAAUUAGUACUUCAGCCUUAGCUACACUGAAAGACUUUGAACAAAUGUUACUUUAUGGAAAAAACAAGCAGUAUUAAACCAGAUACGUGUGAUUGUACACUAAA